AUGGGGACAGGGGAAGAGGGCACGCCUUCUAAGCCUUCCAAACAAGCUUCUACAGCUCAGGAAAUACCAACAACACCUUCAUAUCCAGAUUGGUCCAGCUCUAUGCAGGCUUAUUAUGGUCCUGGAGCUACUCCACCUCCCUUUUUCGCCUCUACUGUUGCUUCCCCAACUCCACAUCCCUAUAUGUGGGGAGCCCAACAUCCUAUGAUGCCGCCAUAUGGAACUCCAGUUCCGUACCCAGCCAUGUAUCCUCCAGGUGGAGUUUAUGCUCAUCCUAGUAUGGUCGCGACUCCAGCCUCAGCACAGACAAAUCCAGAGUUGGAAGGGAAGGGCCCAGAUGGGAAAGAGCGGGUUUCAACCAAAAAACCCAAGGGAACUGCAGGAAAUACAGGUUUGGUUGGUGGCAAGGCUGGGGAGAGUGGAAAAGCAACUUCAGGUUCAGGAAAUGAUGGCGCUUCACAAAGUGGUGAAAGUGGUAGUGAGGGUUCAUCAGAUGGCAGUGAAGAUAAUGCUAACCAACAGGAGUAUGGUGCAAACAAGAGGGGAAGCUUUGACAAGAUGCUUGCAGAUGGGGCAAAUGCACAGAAUACUGGGGCAAAUGUUCAAGCUUCAGUGCCUGGGAAGCCUGUCUCUAUGCCUGCUACUAAUCUGAAUAUCGGAAUGGACUUAUGGAAUGCAACCCCUGCAGGUUCUGGAGGAGCUAAAAUGAGAGCAAAUCCAUCAGGUGCUCCAUCAGCUACGGGAGCUGACCACUGGAUUCAAGACGAACGUGAACUGAAAAGACAGAAAAGAAAGCAAUCAAAUAGGGAGUCAGCUAGGAGGUCAAGAUUACGGAAGCAGGCAGAGUGUGAAGAGCUACAAGCAAGGGUGGAGACAUUGAGCAAUGAGAAUCACAACCUUAGAGAUGAACUGCACAGGCUCUCAGAAGAAUGCGAGAAACUCACAUCUGAGAAUACUAAUAUAAAGGAAGAGUUGACACGAGUGUGCGGACCAGAUUUCGUAGCAAACCUUGAGCAGCAGCCUGGUGGUGGUGAGGGCAACAGUUGA